AUGGCCACCGAUACCCGGCCAUUGAAGGGUAUCCUCAAGAAGACAGCAACCGGAGCCUCCACCUCCGGCAGCGGAGCCGCCAACGCUGUCCUCAACCCCCGAAAACAAGACCCGCGCGAAAUCGCACUCCAGCACGCCCGCAUCAUCCAGCAGCGCAAGGACCUCGAACUCCAGAUCCUCGAGAGCCUGGCUGAGCUCUCAGAGUACCCCACCGAGCGCGGCAGCAGAACCUUCUCCGCCGCGAAACCCUCCCCGCGCGACGUCGCCGACUUUAAGGCCAGUAUCCGUCUCUUCCAGCCCUCUGACUACGACGACCUCGUCGAGGAGCGCAAUGUCAACGGCCUGUGCGGGUACACCCUCUGCGCGCAGCCGAAACCAAUCGCCUCCAAAGGCGGCGAGUGGAGGCUCGUCAACUUUGGCAAGGCCGACUUUGAUAUCGUUAACCGCAAGGAGUCGGAGAAGUGGUGCUCUAAGGACUGCCAGCGUAGGGCGAUGUACAUCAAGGUGCAGCUCAACGAGACGGCUGCGUGGGAGCGGGCUGGCUUGCCGGAUAUCGAGAUUGAACUGUACGGAGAGGUAGAGGCAAGGCAGGAGGACCCUGCGAUACAAGCCACGCGCGAGCUCACAAGUUCGAAGUUGGAAGACGGUAGGAGGGCGGCUGACGAGUAUGCUACUCUCGCCCUGGAGAGAGGAGAGACGCGGGGGUCGGGCCAACCUGGCAAGUCAUUUACACUUGCAAUUAGGGAGAGGGAGGUCAAGCCGCCAACAGACCACGGGGUGUUUGGAGAUCCAGAUGACGCUCACUUGCUUGUUGAGGGUUAUAGGCCAGGAGCUGGCAAGGCGCAAGCAAUUGCUGAAGCCUCCCAGGCUGAAGCAGAACUUGACCGCGACAACGCAUAA